AUGUUUGCUGCUCUGCGCACAGUCGAUACCUGCUUCACCAUUACCAUGGCAGAGGACUGUCGCGAUUGUAAGAUCAGUCACAAAGAUUUUGACCCCGAUUGCAUCUUCCAGGAGCUUAUCACGCCCACAAAUCAGCUGUCCAAGUUAUUCAAAACCGAUCUCACACCUCACCAAGAAGCGGUAUGUGAGGACCAUAUUCUUCACUCCCUCGCAUGGAUGGUAUAUGGCUCGAAUAUGAUCGAGGAAGCCGGUAGUAGCUCAGGCAUCACCCUCAAAGUCUGUCUCGCGAUCUUCCGUGGCCAAGAAAUUUCCGAGGAGAUCGAAGAGCAAGACUAA